AUGAAGUACCUCCCAGUUCCAGCCUUCGACUCUGUUACGAGUGCGCUCAAUUUCAACACGCCGGACUGCAACGUUACCGGCGGUUGCGAUCUCUACACGACGAAAUCGACCGGCUCGGAUAAGAAGUUAUACAAGAAUAUCAACGAUGACCUUGACUCUCAACAUGCCGAACUCUUAAGACUUGGCGCAAGCCUCUCCCCUCCCCAAAAGGCCGCCUGGAUGGCCACCUCGCCGAGCCUCUUUUCGCAACCGAGCGCCUUCGGACCCCUCUCUGAACUAGCGAACCGACGAACUUUUGCCUAUCUCAUCGCGACGCUGAAUGCAUCCCACCCACACUACGACUUUUCCAACGUUCUGCGACCGGGCGACUUCAAGCGCGAGCGCAGCCUGAGGCGUAUCAUGGCUAACCUCGAUUCGAUACUCCAAAAUGUACGCGGUUGCGGAGACACCCGCAAAAGCACCGCCGCUGCCAACGCGCCGACCUCGAUAUGGAGCCAGCAUUGCUGGUCGCUCAUCGACAAGGAGAUGCGCCUUGACGAGUGUACCAUUUUCAACUACGAGCCCGACGUCGACCCUUUCGAAGAUGACGAGAGUGCCAUCUGGUCGGUGCACUAUUUCUUCUUCAACCGAACUCUUAAGCGCGUCGCAUAUCUAUAUCUUCGCGUCGUCCCGGUCAUUAGCUCGCAAAGCCCGAUGCUUAACCCCACCGCUAUGGGAAAGCGAGGCGCAAGAGCCAUGGACCCUGGCGCGACGAAACGCGCGAAUUAUUGGCUUAGUGCGCAAGACGCCGCCGUCGCCGAGACGUAUGACGACGAGGAAGAAGAGGACGAUGGUUUCUUCUGGAAUCGGAGAGAAGACGGCGAUCUCGUACAGUUUUCGGAAGACGAUUACAUUGAAGAUGACGACUACGACCUCGAAGAUGAUGAUAUGGAUUUGGACCACUACAGUCCCCAAGCCCGCGGCAUGAGCGAGGAUAUCGCGGGAAGGAUGGAGCUCUAA